UUCAAACAACCAUUCAAAAUAACUCGAGUCUUUCUAAAGCAUAUAUGCUAUGUACUAUGAGAAUUAUAUCAUUUUAAACAUAAAUACAUCUGAGUAAAGCAUGGAAAACUUUUAGCAUUAAACUAUUCUGAAAUGCAUAGCUUUUGCACAUUAUCCCUAAAUUUUGUGCAUUAUUGACAAAGCAACAUAGAAUAAUGAUAUAUUUGCCAAGAAAUUGACUUCAAAUUUCUAGAAUUUGCAUAAUAACACUUUCAGAUAUUUAUUCUGAAAUAUAUUUUCUUAAAUUGAUCUGUGAGAAUCAUUAAUUUAAAAUAUGUAUUUUAGGCAUGAUCAGGAAAAUCGUGAGUUGAAAGAUACAAUACUAAAGCAAGCAAGGGAAAUUAAAAAUCUUCAGGAAAUCCUUUUCAGACUAAUUUCAGUAGAUAUGAAACACCUGCAGCAGCAACAGGAUUACAUUGAGAAAAGGCAAUGUAAAUCAGAGGCAUCGCUGAGAGAUAUGGCACAGUUUUACCUCAAGUUAAACAGCAAGAUGCAGGAUAUAAUGAACAAGUUAGAUGAAAUCGUCAGAAAAUUCCAAGUAUCAGAAAAUCUACACCAAGGAGUGGUAGAAAAUGUAAAGAAGACACAAGAUUAUCUUGAACACUACAUUUCAAGGCUUCAAUCUGAAAUUUUGGAAAUGAAAGAUAUCGUCAAACUGCAUGCUGGCAGUAUUGAAGAGCUGCAGAAAAAUCUGAUAAGACCAAGUUCAUUGCAGACAUCGGAACACACCAGAAAGAAAGCUGCUCAGGAAGAAUCUGACAAAGAACUGGAGAAACCCAGGCAACUCCACGUACAAGUGGGAGAAACCUUAACCUGCAACCUGAAUAAGGCGCAUGAGGAAUUAACAGUGGUCAGAACUGAAUUUCUUCAGGAGACAGAGAGGAAUGAACCUUUACCCAGCACUAGUACCAUGAGGCCUGCUGUACCGUCAUCCAGUGUUGGGAAUGUUCGUGGUGAUUUAAUGUGCAAAGGAAACCAUGUCCCACAAAGCAAGUUAAGAAUUCCUACCUCACAGCUACAGCUUUCACAUAACUGCACACUGGACUGCUCGUACAUGGUUUCACCGGAUGAUGCAGGAUGUUGUUGCAUGAAUUCCAAAAUUGAAAUCCAGAAUUUGAAGAAGGAAUUAAGUGACCUCAGGAGACAAGUAUGUUGAAAUUUAAUGUGUCAAUAGAAAUACUAAAGUUGAU